AUGCAGACUUCUUUGACGGCGGCGCUCUCGUGGCCUCCACCGAACCUAGAGAACCCUGAGACUCUGGCACCGGCCAACACGGUCAUUAUCACCACACUCCAUGUCAUCGUGACGGUCUUGCUUGUCAUACGGCUAUUUUCCCGUCGUUGGCUUUCGGGUGGACUGCGCUUGGAUGAUCUGCUCAUCGUCUUGGCAUAUAUCCCCACGACUCUCUAUGCUGCUGGAGGUAUACAUCAGGAGCUAGCACUCAAGAUAGACAGGCAUGUAUGGGAUUUUCCUAAAGAAAAUACCGUUGCUGCGUUCAAGAGCGCUCUUGCCGUCGGCAUCCUGUUCGCCGCCGCGACAACCCUGACCAAGUUGUCGAUGCUGGCUCUCAUCUAUCGCAUAACGUCUGCAGCUGCUCAACAUGUCACCCGAUGCCUCGUACUGCUGGUCAUCACCAUAGUCGCGGUUGAUGGUGUCAUCUUUAUACUGGUGGAGCUCACGCAGUGCAUGCCCCUGGACCUCUUCUGGACGCCGUCAUUCACACCCCAAAACUGCAUCAACCAGGCAGACCACCUCCUGGCUGCUGGCAUCAUCAACACCGUCACCGACUUCAUCAUAGUGCUGCUCCCGAUAAAGACGAUCCUCGGCCUGAACUUGCCGCGGCGCCAGCUUGUCGGCAUACAAGUGCUCCUCGGUGGUGGUGUGCUGGCUACCAUUGUUGGAGCUGUCAGGGUCUACUUCACCUGGGAAUCACACCACGCCACCGACGGCGACAUAACUUGGCGAUCGCAUCUUGUUAUUGCUCUGAGUGCCUUGGAGCUAUACAUUGGAAUUUUCUGCGCAUCACUCCCCGCUACGAAGCCCUUCUUCGAACGUCUCGGGCCGCGGCUCUUUAGUCCAUUCAGAUCCAUGUCGGUUAUCGAGCCGCUCAGCAUGAGGAGGAGCCAUCCAAAGCCCGACGACGACGAGAGCGCGAUCGGUUCCGCCAACCUCACAGCACGACAGAGCAGCUGGGGAAGUGCCACCAUGGCUUCAUUAAAGUCGCCCCCGCCCGCUUACACUCAGGUACCCAAGCGGUCUACCAAGCCGCCGACCAGGUCUUUCCUGCCGUACAUUGGGACCCAGCAACAAAAGUUUGCUUGGAAACCACUCAUAUCCCCGCCCGUCAUCACGUCGCCCAUCACACCGACCUUUCGCGUCAGGAACAACAUGCCGUCGUUGCAAUCGGCCAUGGGCAUGCCACCACCCCCGCUUACCUCCCCCAACCCGCCUCCUUCGGCACCCCAGGCCAGCACAACCGGGCCGCACUCUUCCAAGGGCGCCACUGCCCCUGGUUCCGCACACUCAAGCACCUCAUCCUUGAACCUCAACAAACCUCUCCCAAAAUUGAACGCGCCAGAGCUUGAAUGGCGGAACAUCCGCGCCUCAAAGACACAGUCGUACCCGAUGCGACAGAGCAAUCUCUCCAAGGAGCGCAUCACGUCCCUCAGGCCACCACCACCGCCACUGGCAGCGGCAGCAGCAGCCGCGAGCCCGCGAGGGCCAAACUUGAGCGUCCCAUCAUAUGCGACCCCCUCCAGGCCUGUCUUCUCGGCGCACUCGUCGAGCGUUUUUGACUUUGUCGCGCACGACGACGGCCACAUUUCUGUACACAAAACCCCGCGAAUACCCGAGGAGCGAUGA